AUGUCCGCUGCAACGGCCAAACCCCCGGCCAUACCUCCUAGGCCCUCGAGGGGCCAAGAAAAGACAUCGACAUCAGGUCCAAUGGUUCCUCCUCGCCCCAACCGGCGCUUCCAGCGCUCUGUCAGCCCCAACCCUGACCGCUUCGCUCCCUCGCCACUGAACGACACCGCUUUCCUCAAGCCUGGCAAGUCACAGCCUAGCUAUUUGAGCAACAACAGCGACCCGAUCCCGCGCUCUACCUCGGUUGAUCUGCCCUCGCUGGGGGAGGAGGGCAAGGAAUAUGCCGGCCUGGCCGAGGAGCUGAGCUCGUCCAAUGAGGGGAGCGCCGAUCCCGAACAGACGCGCACCGUCCCUGAGGACCUCAAGCUCCACGCUCCCAAGCCGUCCUUGCCCGCCGAGAGCGCGAAGCAGCGCGUUAUGGCCGUGACUCGCACCGACAGCGAGCGUGCUGCCUCAUUCGGCAUCGGACGACCUAGCAGCGUCGAGGACUCGACUCCCGCCCUGCCGUCCAACCGCAGCCUUAAGAAGAAAGCUAGUACGACCAGCCAGCUCUCUGCGGCCUCGAGCCACCAUGACGACGAGCACGGCAUCCCCCAGAUUGGUCAGCAGGUGCCGAUGCUGAAGUAUGCCGGUGACGUCCAGGCCCCAUCGCCAGCGCCCGCUGCCGAGGGUGGGGCAGGCAAACACCAUAAGCGUAGGACAUCAUCUCGUGGAAACCUGCCGCCCGGUAGCUACGGGUUGCAUGGCCACGGCGUUGCGCCGCAGGACAAGCUCGAGAAGGCUUAUUACGAGAAGCACCCAGACCUACUGAAGAAGGAGCAUGUGCCGCACCAUUAUGACCGGCCCAAUGAUUUCUCCAUGAGCAGAGAUGACCUCGACAAGAUCGUCAAGGAGACGGCGAGCCGCGGCUCUGGACUUGGUGUCAAGAACUAUGCCGCAACCCCCAGUGACCAGGUCGGUUGGCAGGCCCUGGAGGAGACGGCCUCUCGGAUAGCGUCCCCUGAUAAUACCUCUCCGGAACUCAAGACGACGCCUAUCCACGUCGACGAACCCGGCCGUCCGAGAUCUGUAAUGUUUAGCGACACAGAAUCGGUAAACGCCGAAGAGGUGGAGCGCCCAUACAAGGCUCCCAUCCUGGCCGAGGACGAAAUUGCCAAGGACCCUUCGGGCUACGACCACCAGCCUGCUGUCGAACCUCCGGUGCACGGCGUGGAAGAGCCCUCCAGUCGCCCGACAAGCAGGCCCACCAGCUUGUACAAGGAGACCUCGUUUGAGCUGCGGUCUACGCCUCUGGAAGACGUGGAGGAAUACGAGCCGCUCUUCAAGGACGACGAGAAGCAGGAGCCGAAGAAGCCCGCGGAGGAGGCGAAGCCCAAGAAGAACCACCACAACCACCCGCACCGCUUCCCCAGCGCUGACAUUUGGGAAGAUGCGCCGAGCAGUGUCUUCUACACGGCCGAGGUGUCCACCCCAGAGCUCUUCGACGAGCAGGAAAAGCCGGUGCCGUCAACCGUCCCUCCGCCGAGAGAGGGCGAAACCCCGGCUCAGGCCUUCGCCCGGCACCAGGAGGAGCUUGCCGAGCGGGAAGCCCGCGGCCAGAAGACCAACGGCUUCCUCCCGCUGCUCCCCGCAGCAGCCAAGACACAGAAGCCCCUGUGGGCGCAGCACCAGAAGCACCUUACGCCCGAAGCUGCGCCCCGUCGUCCUGGCAUGCAGCAACGGUUCCCAAGCCGCGACGUUUGGGAAGACGUGCCCGACAGCCUCAACCUGCAGACCACGGUGUCCACACCGCAGCAAGAGGAAGAAGUGCCCUCGCCAGCGGAUAAUAUCAAGCCGCCCGAACUUCCCUCCGAGCGUCCGACCCAAGCAGCCAAGCCGUCCUCCGAGCCGGCCGCUGGGGCGAAACCCUCCAUCCCCGACCGUCCCAAACCGAGACAGGCAUCGGUCGACGACAAACCCGCCAUCCCGGAGCGGCCGAAACCGCAGAUCCCCGCCCGACCGGCCAAGGCCGGUCCCACAUCGGGCGGCCUCGAGCCCGCCGAGGCCGCUGCGCCGCCCCCCAAGCAGAAGCCGGCCGUGCCCGCCCGUCCCAUGGGAUCCAAGAUUGCCGCGCUGGCGGGCGGGUUCAUGAACGACCUCAACCGCCGGCUGCAGCUGGGCCCGCAGGCGCCCCCUUCUACUAAGAAGGAGGAGCCGGCGGAGGAGGAGGAGAAGGAAGAGAAGGAGAAGGCGCCGCUCAGCGAUGUGCGCAAGGGGAGGGCGAGGGGCCCGCAGAGGAGGGCUCCUGCUUCCUCUUCAUCUGCGCCGAAGGCGGAGGAGGAGAAGACGGAGAAGAGGGAGGUGGUGACCUUUGCGUUCUCGUCCGCGGUCACUUUCUUUGAGAUUGAUCCCGAUGAAGGGACUGUUUCUGUGCAUGCUGGUGGGGUGAGCGAGGCCCAGCCUGCUGAGAAGUCUGAAGAGGUGGCGGAGGACAAGAAGAACGGUGAGGAGAAAGGGGCUGGCGUGGCAGAAGCUAGCAGCGUUCCAGGCGCCUUCCCGGCUGAGGAGGGGGAGAAGAAGGAGGACGUCACGGCUCCGGCUCCAGCUCCGGCUGAGGCGGAGACGGAGAAGGAGCAGGCGACGGAGGCUAAGGCUGAGGCCAAGGCUGAACCUGAAGCUGAAGCCGAGUCCGAGAAGCAAGAGACCAAGUCGCUUGCGACCAACAUGGCCGGGGAGACGCUGGUGUCGGAGCAGAUCAAGAAGGAUGACGAGCACCAGGAGGUCGAGCCCGUGAAGGUGGUUGAGAACUAAACGACAGUUGGUGGGUGCUGAUAGACAACUGGGGACCAACGCGUUGUUGGGUCGAUGAUUUUGUUGUUCUUGGUUCUCUUGUUUUGAUUCGUGCUGCUACAGCGAACGCCGAAGACAGACAAUCCUUUGAUCCUCCAGGGUUUCCAGUAUCACAGACGAAUAAAUCGGCUAUGAAUAGAUGAUACGGUCGAAGAUAUGGGUAUUGGAGCACUUUGUUGUAUUGAACGAUGCAUGGGCUGGAUGUCUUUGUUCAGUGUCGUUCCUCAUUAGGUUAUCGAGCGGUAAGAACUGAGGUGUAUCUGUCCAAGCUCAGCGUUAUCAUUAUUGUACUAGUAGUAGUGUCAUCAUCAAUGGAGAACUUUUAAAAGCCCG